AUGGUUGUAUUUGCUGUGUUUGUAUCUUUGAUAUGGUUUGGGAUGAAUUCGGACCGCGAUAAUUUGAUCCUCACGGGUCAUUGUACCUGCAAAACAUCCACCUCAUUUCAACGCUCAGACUGCCUCUCAUGUCUUACCGCAUACGACUACCACCGCGACGCCCACAACCUGAGCCUAGACAAAUACCAUUGCAAUGCCUUCUUCCCAGGUCUCUACGAGGAUAUCCACCGGGGCGUUGAAUAUUGGACGAAACGAACGGGCAUAGCCAGCCGCGACCUCAACAUAACACCUCUAAAGGACGGCAUGGCCCGAGCCAGGAUCCGCAAUGGAGAGCUCUACAUUAUCGCUGCGCACGCCAAAGGAGAAGACCACAGACGCAAAAUUGCCGCGACACUAUCUGCCAUGUACCGUGUUUUAUCCGCCACGCCAAACCGCUCCGCAAUACCCAAUAUCGAGUUCAUUCUCUCCGUUGAGGAUCGAGUGGACGAUGUAAAUGCUAAUGGGCAUCCAGUAUGGGUGUACUCCAGAAAGGCAACCGAGGAAUCCGUAUGGCUAAUACCGGACUUCGGAUUCUGGUCUUGGGGCCACUUAAGCAACGAUAUCGAACCUUACUAUACGCAAGAUGUGGAUAAAGUGCUAGCUAUUGAGUCUAAUGUGCCAUUUUACGAGAAGGAAAAAAAGAAAAAUUACUUCGCGCCCAAGUUGCGUCAUGCAUUGUUGGAUGCUGCGCGGAGCGAGAAAUGGGGCGAUGUGAAGGAGUUUAAUUGGAGCAAGAAGGUGAAUUUUCUUUCCAUGGAGGAUCAUUGUCGGUAUAUGUUUAUUGCGCAUGUCGAGACAUCCCUUAAAUAUCGCCAAGCAUGUUGCUCUGUCAUCAUCGCCCAUAAGCUCCAAUAUAUCCAGCACCACCACUAUCUCGUAAAAACAGAACGUAUUGCCACCAAUAACGUCAAGACAUUCAGGGAACGAUACCUAACCCCCGCUGCGGAGGCAUGUUGUUGGGGGGAACUCUGGGAUGGAUGGGCGGAGGUUUCCAGGGGAGCUACGGGAGGGGAUGAGGUUCCGGGAUAUAAACAGGGGUUGAAGAGUGAGAGCUUCUUGCUGCUGGGCAGUGCAGAUAUGUUGCGUUUUUCGUUUUUAGAGGGAAACCACAGGGGAAGCGUGUAA